AUGGCGGAGAUGCUUAGUAUAUCGGAGCUACUAGCCCACCCGGGUAUGCAAGAAAUCGUAAUACCGUUUACUCCUAGUAAAACUGGGCUUGCAGAAGUUGCAAUUGGAAGAGGUGGUCCAAUCAAGAUCAAUUAUGAAAUCCACGGAACUGGGCCGAUAAAAUUGGUGUUUAUCAUGGGCCUCCGUGCCCCUCUGAUCGCUUGGCAGAGACAGAUUAGAUACUUUGGUCACGAGCAUGGCGAAAGAUAUUCCAUGCUGGUAUUUGAUAAUCGGGGUGUCGGCGGAUCAGAUAAGCCUCUUAUGAGGUAUACAACUAGUGAAAUGGCGCUUGAUACUAGGGAUCUUAUGGACCACCUUGGCUGGAUCGAACCGGUCCAUAUGGUCGGUGUUAGUAUGGGAGGAAUGAUUCUUCAAGAAUUUGCCUACCGGUUCCCGGAUAGAUUGGCUUCUGUAGUAUUCCAAUCUACUGCGGCUGUGAUAAAAGCCGAAGUGCCAUUCUUCGAAAACUUGAGGCGCAGAGCAGCCCUUAUCAAACCCAAGACACUGGAAGAAAGACUCCAGGCUGCGCGUGAGAAUCUAUUUGGACACAAAUUCCUCAACACACCCGACGAAAUGGGCACCUUCCCGACAAAUGCGGACCGAUUCAAUGCCGAAGAAAUCUGGAAGACGGAAAACGUUAACCAGCCGCCGUUCCUUGGCUUCAUGUCACAAUUAGUGGCUGCAGGGUGGCAUUCGUGUAGUCCCGAGAGGCUGAGGUACAUUGGAGAUCAUGUCAAAUAUGUCUUGGUUGCUUAUGGCGGGCAAGACAAGAUGAUUGAACCUCCGCACUCGGAACAUAUGAUCAAGUGUCUCGGUCCUCGGGUAAGAUCGCAUCUAUUCCCAGAUGCCGGUCAUGUCAUUAGCACGGAGCAUGUACACGAAUACAAUGAUAUGGUGAGGGAGCUCAUUGAAGAGGCUGCUGCUUCGGUAAAUAAUGUACAGUGA